CAUCUUGUCGCCUCAGCUGCUCGCUGCUCGCCACUCCACCAUUCAUCGCGACGUGACAGAGUAGAAUGCCCGCCAUCAAAGAUACCGAGGCUGAUCAGGCAGAUUCAGUGGCUCAUGACGAUGCUCACAAUGGAAUCCCCACGUCGCAGACUUCUGUCCACAAAUUCAAGAACGAUCUCGAGCGCUUUCGACUCACGAGCAGUAGCCCGAGCAGAUCAACAAGAAACUCCACGAAAGCUGGCCACGACAAUGUGAUAGAACGAACCCUCAAGCGCAAGUCUGUUGCAGGCUCCGGUCAAUCGAACCCAGAACGCUCGCAGUCCCAGUCUCCAGCAAAAAAACAGCGAAAGUCCAGCCAGUAUGCGCCGCCCUCCAAAUACGCUCAUCUGUCUCCUCUGACCGACAUCUUGGCGCCCAACUUGAUUUGCGUCUUCGUAGGCUUUAACCCUGGCGUGAUGACUUCUACAAGUGGCCAUGCAUAUGCCCAUCCUUCCAAUUCCUUUUGGAAGCUGUUACAUAGUUCUGGAUGCACAGAUGUCCGACUCAAACCUGAACAGGAUGUCGAUCUACCCAGAUUAUACAGCAUGGGAAACACGAACAUUGUUGCAAGACCUAGCAAAAAUGCUGCUGAACUCAGCAAAGAGGAGUCGGCAGCGGGCACGCCCAUUCUCGAGGAGAAAAUUCGCCAGUUCCGUCCUGAGGCUGUUUGCAUCGUGGGAAAGGGUAUCUGGGAAUCCAUAUGGAGGUGGCGUUACAAGCGAGCUAUCAAGAAAGACGAAUUCAGAUAUGGAUGGCAGGACGAGAAGGAGAGCAUGGGAAAAUCGGACGACUGGUCCGGAGCAAAGGUGUUUGUGGCAACUGCCACUUCUGGACUUGCUGCAAACCUCAAGCCUCACGAGAAAGAAGAAAUAUGGCUGCCAUUUGGACAGUGGGUAAAACAAAGGCGCGAGGAAAGAGCCCGAGACCCGGGCGCUGUUGAUGACCCGGCGGGAUGCGCUUCACUGGCAACUGGGUCAAGUCAUGACAAGGAAAGGGCAAACAGCGCCAGCGACCACGAGGAAUGA